AUGGCAAUGGCGGUCAGCUCCUACAAUCUCGGGUACGUUGUCUACAUUCAACUGAACGCGGAAGUUGCCGCAAGCAUUUCCCUCGUAUCAUAUGCGAGGGUGUUCUCCACGUUUGGCGAGAUCCGAUCGCUGAACGUGCAAAGAUGCAAAGUUGACGGCACUGUGGAAGUUCAGUUCUUUGAAGAGGACGCUGCCCGAGCACUCUGCACUCACAUCGACAGCCAUCGAGGUCUCCAUGGCUUGAAGAGUGAUGACAGUGCUGACGCCGACUCAGCCUUUCUUUCUGGCUCUGCCGUUUCAGUUCCUAUACGAGCAGCUCCCGCUGGAGCUGACAGAAGACAGUCUGCACCAGAUGCGUUUAAUGUCGACGACGUGUGUCUUACUAGCGGUCAGGAAACCAGGAGCUCCAUCAUUGUGGGUCAAGUUCCCAAGGAUUGCAGUGCCAUCACCUUCCUUGAGCAGCUUCAACUCCACAAUAUCUUGGACCACAUCAACUUUUUCUACAUGCCAGUGGACAAGGCCAAAAGGCGCUCUUGCGGAUAUGUCUUCCUUGAUUUCCGGGAUCCCACGGACGUACUCAGGUUCAAAAGCAAGUUGAAGAAGAUCGGAAUGGGCAUAGGGGCAGCAAAGAGUGGUCGGAAACUCCAUGUGCAUUUUGCACAUAUGCAGGUUCGGGCAACUUCUCAGGGCAAUUUCACAGAGAGACGCCAGCUUACCGUUUAUGACUUGCUGGAUUUAGCGUCAUUACACGGCCUUUUAAGUUUGGAUUCGGAUCUGGCGGUUGCUUGA